AUGUCAGAGGCACCGAAGCAGGCUAAAAAGCCCGUCGACGACGGAAACUUCGAUAAGGAGGUUAUCUCAAAAUGGCCCGACCUCGACCUGGCGCAGACCAGAUUCAUGCUCAAUCACCCAGAAGUCGACGCCAGUGUUAAGGAGGCGAAACUGGCCAAGCUGCAAGAAGCCAUCAAAGAAUUCGAUAUGGCGCCGUUCUACGAGCUUGUCUGCGCCGAUUUCAAGAUUGCCGUUGAUACCGCUCAGUUGUCUGCGAUGAAGGCAGCGAAUGCCAAGCGUGUGGCUGAUAUCACCGCUGAGGUGGAAGAUGCCGAGAAGAAUCUCGGAGAAUCUGAAGUUCGCCAAGGAUUGCUGCGAAAAUUCGAAUACUUCUGCCAAAUCGGAGAUAAAGAGAACGCUCAGAAAGCGUACACAGCCACAUACGAGAAAACUGUCGGUAUGGGAUAUCGUAUCGAUUUGGUGUUCGCUAUGAUUCGUGUCGGACUCUUCUUCCUCGAUCACCACCUCAUCAACAAGUACAUCACCAAAGCGAAGGAGCUGAUGGAGCAGGGCGGUGACUGGGAGCGCAAAAACCGCCUGCGGUCUUACGAAGCGCUUUACCGGAUGUCGGUUCGUGAUUUCGCCGGUGCUGCUGACUUGUUCCUCGAAGCUGUGCCAACCUUCGGAUCAUACGAGCUGAUGACAUAUGAGAACCUCAUUCUCUAUACUGUCAUCACGACCACCUUCGCGUUGGAUCGACCGGACUUGCGUACCAAAGUCAUUCGUUGCAAUGAGGUUCAAGAACAACUGACGGGAGGAGGACUCAACGGAACAUUGAUACCAGUGCGAGAGUAUCUUGAGUCCUAUUACGAUUGUCAUUACGAUCGAUUCUUCAUUCAGUUGGCUGCUUUGGAGAGCGAAAGGUUCAAGUUCGACCGUUAUCUUUCGCCUCAUUUCAACUACUACUCGCGUGGAAUGCGUCAUCGUGCCUAUGAGCAAUUCCUGACGCCCUACAAAACUGUCCGUAUCGAUAUGAUGGCAAAGGAUUUCGGAGUGUCUCGUGCCUUCAUUGAUCGCGAAUUGCACCGUUUGAUUGCCACUGGGCAGCUGCAAUGCCGGAUUGAUGCUGUUAAUGGAGUGAUUGAAAUCAAUCACCGAGACUCAAAGAAUCAUCUGUACAAGUCUGUCAUCAAGGAUGGAGACAUUCUUCUCAAUCGUAUUCAGAAACUCGCCAGAGUCAUUAACGCCUAA